GACGGAACUAGGACGGAAUGGGAGGCAUUCAUUUUUAUAUCAUUUUUGGGUUUACUUGGUAGCAAAAAUAAUUUUUUCUAUUUACAGUAUCUUAGAAUAAAGGUGUAUCUUAGUAUUAGAAAGAAAAAUAUAAUAAUACCUCCACGAAAAAAAUAUAUAAUAGUUACACAUAAGAAGAAAUCAACUCCAAUGAGUAUCGAGUCCUUUAAAGAAUUAAACUUGAAAUUUGAUUCUGUUAUUGCUGAAUUUAAAAAGGAAAAGAAAGCACUCACUAAUAUUAAUGCCAAACUUCAUGCUAGGGUUAAAGAGUUAGAAAAUAAGUAUCUUCAUGAUCAUGAUAGAAUUUCGCACCUAGAAGACACUGUUGAUGAUCUAGAAAUUGCCACUGAUGAUAUAGAUUAUCAAAGUGAAGAGAACAAUGCUAGAAUUGCGAAAUUAGAACAGACUCAAAAACCAUACAAUUAG